UCUCCUUGAAUGAAUUCAAAAGAGAAUCGAGAAAAUUAAAGAAACACAAAGCGGAAAUACUCUGAAAUUGUGUCUACCUUUCGUGCGUGUGUGUGUGUGUGCAAGUGUAGUCAACGAUAGUGCGUUGUGCGUGUGGGGAAAAUCAACGCAACAGAAGACAACGCUGGCAUAGCUGCCCGCAGUUCGGAAUCCUACUCAAGAUCAUACUGACACACACAUCUGCAAAAGCAGAUCCAGAAGCAGCGAAGCGCCGCUCAAGGAUUGAGCAAAAUGGCCGCCACACGAAAAACAGCAGCACAAGUCACCGUUUUAUGACUCUAAACUGAUAUCGAGAGAGCGAGAGAGAGAGAGAGCGUCAGAGUGUGCAGCAGCAGCUGCAUCAGCCGUACGUAGCUUGAUUAACCAGUGGGCGAGUUAGCAGAAAAUCGCCAUCAUGGUGGACUGUGUGCAGUGCCCCGUGUGCACAUUGUAUCUGCAUGCGGGCAUGAAUCUCUCCGAUCAUUUGGAGACACAUCCCAAGGAGCAGGUCAUCAAGGCUCUGGUGCAAAUGACCAUAGCUGGCAACAAUGGCAUGGGCAGCGCGCUGGCUGCAGCUGUGCUCUCCGGCAGCGCCGCGGCAAUAGAUGGUGGCGCUGCAUCCAGCUCAUCCUCAUCAUCAUCAUCAUCAUCAUCAUCAUCAUCAUCAUCAUCAACGACGGCGGCUGAUGUGAAACCAGUUGUGCUAGACGCAGCACCUGCACCAAUAACAUCAACAGCAUCAACAGCAUCCAAGUCAACAGCACCCAAAGCUGCAUUGCCUAGCAGCAGCAACAACAAUAGCAACAAAUUGAGCAAUCCACCGAUUAAGGCAGUUAAAAGCGCGCCACCCACGACUGAGGCGCCAGCCAACACAUCCAAUACACCCACCACUAGCAGCAUGAGCGCCAUCUAUUCCGACUAUCGCUAUGAGCAGCAGCCGCAGCACCAGCAGGCGACGCUGCACGGCUUUUCACGAGGUACGACCACGCUGUUAAUACCGCAAGCGCCACAACAGCAGCAUCAGUAUCUGGCCAGCCAGCAGCACUUUGCCCACCAUCAGCAGCAGCAGCAACAGACGGCCAUGAAGUACACCUAUGCAGCAGCGCUUCCACCGCCGCCGCCGCCACUGCAGCUCUUUGCACAGCAGGCGACGUCAACGCAGUCGCAUCAGAAGCCACCACCCGCCUAUGGCGCCGCCAUCAGUCAAAUUCGAUCUCAGCACAACCAAAACAAACAGCAACAAACACAACAACAACAACAACAACAACAACAACAACAACAACAACAACAACAACAACAGCAACAACAACAACAACACAUGAGCGUACAACACACCGUUAACCUUGCACCACCGAGUGGCAAACACGGCAAAGUCCAUACGGAUAUCUUCUUGAAUCCACCGCCUCCACCAGCGCCACAGCUCACGAUUCCGUCAACGUCGUCGUCGUCAUUGUCAAGACUGCAACAUGCACAACAGCACCAACAAUCUCUUGCAGCCGGCAGCUAUGCAGCUGCCAACUGCGCUAGCUCCUCUGCGACUAUGAUGUCAUCCAGCUCCGUCGGACGAGCCAGCAGCUGUCGCCAAACAAGCAACUCGCCUUUUGGUGCGCUCUUAAAUGCCGCAGCGCAGGCCGCCUGCGCCUCGCCCGUUACCUCCAGUGCGUCUGUGCUGCGCUAUGCCGAGUCACCAGUGGCCCACUAUCUAGAGCGAGAGAAUGGCGAUUUUAUAGUCCAGGAGACGCCCAAGCACAUUGUGGAGUGCGUCGAGAAGGAUGACGGCGAGUUCUCUGUGAUUGAGCGCAUCUAUCAGUCGCCACCCAGCGUGCUGCACAUACACGACGAUGACGACGACGAAGAGGACGAUGAAGAUGACAAGGGCUGGAACAGCGAUGAUGAGGAUCACAUGAAGGUGGAAGAUCAUGUAGAGGAUGGCGACGACGAGCACGAGGAUAGCCGAAGCAGAGUUGCACCCAAAACCACAACGAAAAAGUCACGCAAGACAAAAGCAAAUGGCAGAAAGCACAAACGCGCCAGCAAGCAUCAGCCGGAAGAUGAGGACGACUUUAUGAGUCUUGGCAGCAGCUGUGCCGAAAGUGAACACCAGGCAGAGCAGCAGCAGGCGCAGGUGCAGCUGUCGCUUGCGUCCUCUUCGCCAGUUCAACUUAGCACGGCGCCUUCGACGAGCAGUGGAGCAGCUGCUGGUGCUGCUGCCACCGCGUCCCCCUCCCCCACCUCUUCUGGCAGUGCCAACUCGACGCCCAGCGGCUCCACAAAGUCCAAAAAGAAUCGCGUGACGGUACUCAGCGAUGUGCCGCUCAACAUGAACGAGUAUUUGGAUCUGGUGGGCAACAUUGUGGCUUCGGGUCGCAUUGGUGCAGCUCGUCCGUUUGCUGCAGUGGCGCCCAUACCGUUGGUCAAGGUGGAAAAGGAGGAGCCAAUGGACGACUACGACACCGUACACGCUGAAAUGGAGCAGGCAGUGGAGCAAAAGCCCAGCGUUGAACAUGCCAGUGGCAGCAGCAGCAACAGCAGCAGCAGUGGCCACGGCACCACAAGCGUCAUACGCAUGGCAGCCAGCACAAGCACCAGCAGCGGCACAAACGUUGCUAACGAGGAUCUCACACAGCCGCCGCCAAUGAAAGUGGAAGUGGAGCCAACGAUGCUACUGCCGCAACGCUUCUCAGCUCCGGCGCAGCAGCGUGGACCCAAGAAAUUAGUCAUCAAGCCAAAGGCCACAGCGACGGCAACGACAAAAAAGACUGAGAACAACGCUGCCGAAACAGCCAGCAUAUCAAAGGCUUCCACAGAGCUGGUGCAGGUGAAGAGCGAGAAUGUGGAGGCAGCCGUAACAACAAGCGGCAGCAUACUAGAAAAGCAUCUGACUACCAGCUAUGCGGCACAGCAGCAGGCGCGCAAACACUCUGCAGUCAACGAUGAUGAUGCGCGCGUGCUGCUCGAGUUUGCCAACUCGAAGCAACUGCCGCUAGCGGGGAACAGCAACCAGACUACGUUUGUGGUAAAUGCGGCCAGCUUUGCCUCGGCGGGCUCCGUAUUUGCCAGCGGCAGCGCGAAGAAGUCAAGCAAGCCGGGCGACGAGUACAUUCUGCCUGAUGAUAACAAUCUGGAGGUGGAUGAAAUUGUGAUAUCCUCCUCGUCAUCCUAUGCCUCUAAUUCGCAGCAGCAACAAUUGCACCAGUUGCAGCGGCAGUCGCAGUCGCAACCAGCCCAGCAAAGCAUGCAGCAGUCGCAGCAGCCGUCCGCCUUUACAGAUUUCAAUUUUCUGUAUCAAAAUGCAACAGCAACAACAGCGGCAGCAGCAGCAGCAGCGGCAACUGCGGCGGCAGCCUCCCACUUUGCAGAAUUUGGCAUACAUCAAGAGCAAGAGCAGCAGGAGCAGCAGGACCAGCUAUUGCAGCAUCAUCCACAGCAUGGCUCUAGCGAGGCCACCAAUGCCGCCACGCUGGCCUCCUCUUCUAGCAAUUCAUCGGUAAUGGAUCAGGAUUGCUCCAUGAAUGCCACGUUUCGCUUGGGCAAGCAACAAUCCACAUUGGCUGGCUGGUAUCAGCCGCAGCAGCAGCAGCCACAGGCAAGCACCUCGCACAGCUCCCAUGUGGAACAGUCGAGCCAUUUUAUUGCCGCACUCGCAGCCGUUGACUGCUGCAACAGUGUGGCGGGCGUUGAUAGCGAUGUCAAGUAUUUAGAUCUGGAUACCUGCAAGCGGGAACAGUUAAGCAACAGCAGCAGCCAUUUGCCCUCUGUAUCCGCAUCGACAACAUCCUCAUCAUUUGCGGCCGCCGCCACGGAGAGCAGUCUGGUUAGUGGCUUGGGCCUAAACAUACGCACCGAUGAGAAAAUGCCCGCCAAGGGUGAAAUCUCCGAGCAGGAAAGCAACUGCGAUAUUGAGAACUCCUGGAGUCAAUCGAUGUAUGGUGACAUAUCACAGCGCUAUUUUAGAAAUCAGUUUACAGAUGGGUAUCAUCAGCAGCUGGCCGAUUGGCGUCACGAUUCCUAUCCGCCGCAGGACCUCAGUGGCCAACAGCAGCAGCAGCAGCCCCAGCGUGAGCCAAAGCGCUUUGAUUUCAACGCUGUCGCCUCGGAGUACGCGCAGUCGGGCGAGCUGGACGCCUCCCCGAGCUCAAAUAGACACAAUCAUUUGUUAGAUGCGCAGCCCACUACUUCCUCGUCGUCAUCGGCUUUGCUGGCUGGUCCACCAAUAGCCUCGACGUCACGUGCUGCUGCCGAAGCGGAGGCUGUCGCUGCAGCAUUGGCGCAGCGAAAGCCACCGCGUCGCAAGAUCUACAAGUGUCCGCACUGUGUGGUCAUCUUUGAGAAGCUGAAGGAGCGCAAUGCGCACAUGAUUGGCGAACACAACUAUGUGCGCCAGAAUCGACGACUCAUCUGCACGCAGCCGCAGGUAAAUGCCACAAUGCUGGCACAGCCGCCGGCUCAGGAGCAGCAACAGCAGCGCCAGCAGCAAGUCCUGCUGCAGUCUGUGGGGCAAAGCAAUGGCGAUGUUGUACAUGAGGAUUCCAAGGAUGGUAUUGUAAAAAUCAAGCAGGAACACUGCCAGGAUAAGCAGGAUUCAUCGGAGCAGCUACUUGGCCAAAUGGAUAUACCCGAUGUCAAGGAUGCUGGCCUGCUAGAUGCCAGCGCUGAUAAUGGUCGCGAUGCGGACAUGAAGCCACCAGCCAAUGUCUCAGAGCUGGACGAGAAGCCAGCCAUAGCGCCGUUAGCCAUGACGACACCAGCUGCCAAGCUGGCUGCUCUAUAUCGCAUGCUCAUUGCCUACAAUGAGUCCAAGCUGGGUCAGGAACGCAACAAUCUCAGCGAGCUGGAGCAAAAGGCCAUGGAGAAAUCCAUAUUCCUCUGUUAUGUGUGCCGCACCGAUUUCCCCUCCGUAAAGCUGUACGAUGCACAUUUGACAGAGCAUCCCGCUGAGUGUUUCACCUGUGGCAAGAAAUUCUAUCGUUGGAAGAACUUUUCGCUGCAUUUGAAAAGGCAUCUAGGCUGGAAGGAGUUCGGCUGUUAUGUCUGCGACAAGAAGUUUGUGGUGCGCAGCGCGCUAGUGGAGCAUAUGCGCAUGCAUACGGGCCAGACGCCGCUCAAGUGCAAGAUAUGCGGCAAAAAGUUCAAACGUUAUUCGAACUUGACACAGCAUCGCAAGCGUCACACCAAAAUGAUGGUGCGCAAGAAGGAGUACGUGUGCCAUUGUGGCGAGGUGCUGCCCUCCAAGGCGCGCUUCCUGUGGCACAAGGAGACCCACGACUUGAAGCCCAAGUGCUGUCCGUAUUGCUGCGAUCGUUUCGUGCAUGCCAAUUCGCUGCGGAGGCACAUUCGACUGGCCCAUUCGGAUAAGUUUGACUAUGCCGAGCCGAUGGAGUGUCCCAUGUGCAAGCAGAUCUUUGCCAAGACCUCCAUCAAAGCUCACAUGGCUACACAUUCGACAGAUCCGCAAUACGAUUGCGCCAUAUGCAACAAGAGCUUCUCUACCAAAUGGAAUCUGAAGAUACAUUCGUGGGUGCAUGCGAAUCGCACGGCCAAACCGUUCAAGUGCGAAUACUGCCCCAAGGCGUUCGUUCGCGAGCUGGACUUCAAGAACCAUAUGAAUGCCCAUAAACAGAUCAAGCCAUACACCUGCGAGUAUUGCGGCUGCAAGUUUAUACGUAAAUACAAUUAUAUGCGGCAUCGACGGGAGCAUCAUGGCAACAAGAAGUUCACCUGCGACCAGUGCGAUAAGUCUUUUCAUCGUCAUUAUUAUCUGAUCGAGCAUCGGCGCAUCCACACCGGCGAGCGUCCCUUCCACUGCACCAUCUGCGGCAAGAGUUCGACGACAAAGACCAAUCACAAUAAGCAUCUGAAGAUACAUCAUUCGCGGGAUCCUUUUACCGUCGAGGUUUAAAUCAAUUUACUAACGACUAAUCGACUUAUCUAAAGUUAAAUUCAUUAAUUAGCUAGCUGUUUAUGGCUCUUCUCUGUGUAUGUAUGUGGGUGUGUGUAUGUUGUACGUGUGUGUUAACAAAAACAAACUAGUAUUACCUAUUGAAACUAUAUAUACAUACAUAUACGUAUUGUAUACAUAUGCGAUUGCCAAUUCUUGAUAAACAACAACAAACAUGAAAUCAAUUUAUCAUAAUAAUAUUAAUAACAUUUUACUAAUCGUACAUUUGAAUGUGGUUUAAGAGACUUAGCUAAAUGUGAAAGUGUUAACACCCCCUUUGAUCCCACCCUCUGCUCCUUUCCACCACACA